GCUCCCGGGGGGUCUGGCUCCUCGGCGCUUGCCAGUGAACUGAGGGCCAAGUGUCUGUAGACCUUCAAAGAGUAAUUUUUCUCAGCACAGAACUUUGAUUCCUUGCCUAAGAGAAUGGGUAAAAAAGUAAAGAAGGAAACAGAGUCUCCACCCAAGGAUGUGUUUGAUCCUUUAUUGAUUGAAAGCAAAACACCAGCAACAGUUGUGCUAAUGCUUAGUUCUCCUGAAAAUGAAGUUUUGGCCAAAGCAUGCGAUGCUCUAUAUAAAUUUGCAUCAAAAGGUGAUGAAAACAAAGUGACACUUCUUGGUCUUGGAGCAUUGGAACAUCUCUAUAAGCUCCUCUCACAUGAAGAUCCACUUGUACGCAGAAAUGCCGUCAUGGUAUUUGGCAUCAUGGCUUCUAAUAAUGAUGUGAGGAAGUUACUGAGGGAACUGGAUGUCACAAAUCCACUUAUAUCACAGCUGGCUCCAGAAGAAGAUGUAGUUAUCCAUGAGUUUGCUACUCUUUGUCUAGCAUAUAUGGCUGUUGAAUAUACUACUAAAGUAAAAAUAUUUGAGCAAGGUGGGUUAGAACCACUGAUCAGACUGCUAGGUAGCCCUGAUCCUGAUGUUACGAAGAAUUCACUUGAGUGUAUCUACCUUUUGGUACAGGAUUUUCAAAACCGUGCUGCAGUUCGGGAACUGAAUGUAAUUCCACCCUUGCUGGGACUACUGGAAUCUGAAUAUCCAGUCAUUCAGUCAUUGGCCCUUCAAACCUUAGAAGUAAUUAGCAAAGACAGAGAAACCAGGAUCUUACUGGAAGAAUAUAAGGCAUUAGAUUGCCUUCUGAAUAUACUGGAAAACAAUGAACUCAGCGAUCUACAUGUCGAAACUCUUGCUGUGUUGGGAAAUUGCCUCGAGGAUGUGCAUGCUCUGCAACAGAUUCAGCUGACAGGAGGCAUUAAAAAACUACUUUCAUUUUUAGAAGUCUCUACUGUUCCUGAUAUUCAGAAGAAUGCAGCAAAGGCAAUUACCAAUGCAGCUUAUGACUCUGAAAUACGAAAAAUCUUACAUUGGGAAGAGGUUGAGAAAUUUCUCCUAAGCCUUUUGGAAACUAACAAUGAUGAAGUUAAAGUUGCUGCUUCCCAAGCCAUUUCUGCCAUGUGUGAGAAUAUAGACAGUAAAUGUGUCCUUGGACUCCAGGGGAUUCCUCAGCUAGUAAAGUUGCUAAGCAGUGAUAAUGAAGAGCUAAAAGAAGCUGUAGUGACAGCAUUAACUAAUUUGACAACAGCCAAUCUUAGAAAUGCAAGUGUUGUAGCUAAGGCUGAAGGAAUUGUGCCAUUAAUUAAAACCUUGAACGCCCAGAGGGAUGGAGCCAUUUCCAAUGCCAUUGCAGUGCUCACCAAUCUGUCCCUGCAAGAGCCCUCCCGUGCCAGUAUCCAGAGCCAGGGCAUCAUGAGUGCCCUUGUGGGGCCACUGCGCUCAACCAACAGCCAAGUGCAGAGCAAAGCAGCCUUUGCCGUGGCUGCCUUUGCUUGUGAUGCUGAUGCACGAGCUGAGUUAAGAAAUGUCGGUGGGCUGGAACCACUCGUUGAAUUGCUGCAUUCUAGGAAUGAAGAAGUCAGAAGAAAUGCCUGUUGGGCUGUUAUGGUCUGUGGAAGUGAUGAAGUAACUGCUUUUGAACUGUGCAGGCUAGGUGCUUUAGACAUCCUAGAAGAAAUUAAUCUGUCUACAAAGCGUAAAAAUAAGUUCAGUGAAGCUGCUCUGGAAAAGCUACUUGAUAAUAAUCUUUCCCAAAAGUACAGCCGGAUGGGAUAUUUAUCACCAAGUAAUAUCAUUACUAAUGGAUUCUAUGAUUGUGGUCAGGUAAAACAUGGAGGGAAAUUUUUGUCUUUGGAAGAACUAAGCAAGCAAGAGCUUACUGACCGUCGGGCAAUAAUCUUCGUUAAUGCUAAACCCCAAGAAAGUGUUGUAGAAGUACAAGAAGUAUCACCGUCUGUUUCAGGAAGAGCCAGCAAAGAAAAACCAAGAAAAGGGAAAGGGAAAAAAGAGGAGGAAAAACCAAAAGAAGUUAUUCGAGUUGCACCUACAAUCCUGGAGGAAAUAAAGCUAGAAAAUUCCCAUUGGGUACCACCACCUGACUUCGUUUUAAUGGAUUACAUUAAUGAUGCUUCCAAAACAAUUCUACCAAUAACUUCGACCCGAGAACAAGUUGUGGCUCUUGCACAGUUUGUUGCAGACAGGAUGGGUGGCCCUAUUGAAAAAGAGGAACUACAUAAUUUCUGCUGGGAACUUGACAUGAGUGAAAUAGAAUUUGACCUGAAAAGCAACAUUGUGCCUAUCGGGAAAAUCAAAAGAGGGACGUUCUAUCACAGAGCUUUACUUUUCAAGGUGAUAGCAGACAGAAUCGGCAUUGGCUGUAGUUUAGUUCGUGGCCAGUAUAACAGAUGUUGGAAUGAAGUUAAAUUGGUUGAAUACACUCCCAAUGGGCUUCUGCUUCCUCCUCAGGAGUAUGUUGUAGAUGUAAUGUUUGAACCAGGCUGUUUGCUAAAACAAGGAAGCGCAAAGGCUGAUCAAUACAAACGUGUUUAA